UGGCAGAACGUUCUAAUGGAGAAGAAACUGACCAAGUUGGAGCUGUUGCAGAUGGUUAAGCAGCAUUAUGGCAACGACUUAGGAUUGAGUCAUGAUGAAAUGGAAAGCAUUCAAUCAUCAGUAGAUACCGUCACACUUACCGUGCCCAGUCUGAAUAUGCGUGGAGAGGAUUACACGGGGAGACCAGAAAGGCCCACAUCGCUUCGUCUUCCCCAAGGGGAGCUGAAUUCUUAUGAGGCCACCACACCACAGGGAGACGACACACAGUCUUCAGUAGGACUGCAAAGCAUGCUCUCAGCAAAUGGAGGGGAUGACACUCUCAGUACCCCGUCCCAUCAGCGCAGUCCAAAUCUGUCAUUAAACCGCUCAGGGUCUGAACGAGUGUCUAAACGCUCCUCUCUCUCUCUGGAUCUAAAUGCCAAUGAAGACCAGAUCUCCGAUAACAGCAGAUCUGACAGCCUGGAGGAGGUGGAAGAACGUGAGACAGCGUCUCCCGUGUCUCAGGGAAGGCUGUUUGUGAACCGGGUCUUUCACAUCAGUGCUGAGAAGAUGUUUGACCUGCUUUUCACUGAUUCUAAUUUCAUGCGGAGGUUUAUGGAUAUCAGGAAGAUCAUAGGUGCAAGCUCUACCUCUUGGCAAAGGGAGGAAUCUGGUGGUAUGAAAAGGACUUUGAACUUCACCAUCACCAUUAAUAACCCCCUGAUUGGCAAGUUUUCCACUGCCACAGAAACCCAGACACUAUAUAAAGAGUCGAGGGAGGGUCAGUACUACAUGAUAGAUGCAGAGGUCUACACACAUGAUGUACCUUACCAUGACUACUUCUACACUCAGAAUCGCUACUGUAUCAUCCGCAACUCCAAGCACAAGUGCAGACUCAGGAUUUACACUGAUGUCAAAUACAAAAAGCACCCAUGGGGUCUUGUGAAAUCCUUUAUCACAAAAAACUCCUGGAGUGGCCUAGAAGACUACUUCAGACACCUUGAGGCAGAGCUGCUUGAAGAGGAGGCAGAGUUGACUCAAGGAAGCGGAGAUGCUGGAAAGACGGGUGGUUUGCGCAGAAGACGAAGAACUUACAGUCGCACCCUACAGGAACACAUGAAGCCAGGGAAGCAGUACAGCGCAGACUUAGAUCAGCAGAGAGACGGCACCAUGGGUGCCAUGGAUAUAAAGAACACACAACACAGAUGGAACAUCACUUCGAUUGUGUUUGGGAUGAGCUUAAUUCUUUUUGUUCUGGUGGUUCUGAACUUGGGGCUGUUCUAUAAACUUUGGGCCAUGGAAGAUGUCGCUCACCGUAUGUAUCUGAACACCAAGCACAGAAUGAAGGAGAGAGUAGAGUCCAGUUUGGCACCUGGCCAAGGGCCUAGACCGGGUAUGCCACACAGAAGUCGAGAAGAAGCACAUUUACUGAGAGCAGUACUGCAGGACUCCAUUAACCUUCUAGAACAGCUACGCAGUUCUCUUGUGGUGCUUCAGCAGACCUUUCAGGGCUACAACAGAUCCUCCUCUCAGCUUUAAAUGGCAUUGAGUUUGGUGACCUGACAACAAAAGGGUUUUCUUCCCAUAA